AUGGAUCCGUCAACCGCUAGGGCUGGAAGGGAAGUGGAUGUUUUCGUGGAAUACGGGCUCCCCGACCCAGGAGGAAAGCUGCACGUGCGCAUCGGGUCGUGUUGUACACUUCCGGAUUUCCACUUCCAAUUAGAAGCCGCGUACACAACAGGUAGGGGCAUUUAUUGCGGAUGGUUGGCCGGAUACAGCUUCUUUCUCUACUACAAGGUGAAUGAAAGCCUGCGAGGACAAUGUUUUGAGGACGCUGACGCCAUCAAGAAUGCCUACAACGCAUCGCUUCUGAACCUGGUCGAGGAGGACAACGUCCUCGCAUCCAUGAUGGAGGUCUCUGGAUGGAACCAGAGCGAGAACGCGGACUUGCAGGGAGACGUGGAGUAUUACCUUGCGGGCAUGGAAGCGACGCGAUUCUGGAUUCAACGGGUGCUGGUGCCGAUAGUAGCGGCGGUGGGGAUAGCCGGCAAUAGCAUCACCAUGCUCAUCCUGACGAGGAAGGAGAUGCGAAGUUCUAUCAAUUGGUACCUCACCGGGUUGGCAGCAGCGGACCUCCUCUACCUGGUCUUCGUCUUCUCCCUGUCGUUUCGGCAUUAUCCCUGGAAUAUGCCUCUCUCCUACUGGCAUUAUUAUCCUGUGGGACUCUGGCUUUCCGAUUCUUCCAGGAGGUCGGAGGGAGGUCGGAGGGAGGUCGGAGGGAUCGGAGGGAGGUCGGAGGGAUCGGAGGGAGGUCGGAGGGAUCGGAGGGAGGUCGGAGGGAUCGGAGGGAGGUCGGAGGGAUCGGAGGGAGGUCGGAGGGAUCGGAGGGAGGUCGGAGGGAUCGGAGAGGAAGUGAGUAGCAACACAUCCGUGUGGCUGACGGUGUCCUUCACGGUGGAGCGAUACCUCGCUCUAAAAAACCCGCUGAAGGGCAAGGUGUGGUUCACCGAGUCCCGGGCGAAGCGGGUCAUCGCCCUCGUCUACAUCCUCUGCUUCCUCAGCAUCCUCUCGACUCCCUUCGAGUGGAGGGUGCAGGAAUCCCAACUGGUCCAAGGCGAUCACAGAGAGUCUCAGAUAUCUCUCGUUCUCAGCAACCUCGGCGCCAAUCCUGGAUACCGAAAGGGAUUCUAUUGGUUCACCGCGACCGUGUUUAUCUUGGUCCCUCUGACCCUUCUUCUUGUCUUCAACAUCCUCCUCAUCUACCACGUUCAUUGGAGCUCCCGUCAGCGAGCGCUCCUCAUGGCUCACAGGAGCCGUCAAGAGAUCCGCGAGAACCGUGUCACCGUCAUGCUCAUCGCCGUGUCCGUCCUGUUUCUCCUCUGCCAGAGUCCGACCGCCUUGGUCCUCAUCUACUCCUCGUUCCAUCAUCCCAUUCCCGAGACUCGCGGCGAUUACGUCCUCAGGAUCUGCGGGAACGUCUUCAACUUCCUCAUGGCGGUUAACGCCGCCACAAAUUUCCUUCUCUACUGCGCCCUGAGCGACCGCUACCGCCGAAACUUCCUGAAAGUCUGUCGCAGAUGCGACUCGGGACGCCGCGAUUCUUUCACAACGGGCGAAAACUCGCGACGAUACACCAACUCAUCCCCCGGUCACCCCCAGCCUCAUCUCUACCGAACGAGUCUCGGAAGUGUCGACUCCGAGCGUGAACGCGUCGAGUCCCAUCCGAUGGGGCACGUCAGGCCGUCGGACGGGAUGCCUGGAUCUCGAGACGUUUAA